UCCUGAUUAUCAAAUAUCAAUAAAAAGCCUAAUCUUUCUCCUUGUUCACGAAUCCCCGUUCUCGACCGUUGAUCACCUUCCGCUUUCUAAUCUCGACCUUCGGUUGCAUAAAAAAAAAAAAACCUCCCAACUAACGAGCCUCUCCUUUUCUCCCCUCUUGUCGCCGGAAAAGAUGGCCGCCGCCGCCCCUUCCACUGCCGCUCUUCAAAAUUCUCUGGUCACAUUUCAGUCUCGAUCACCAAGUUCUAAUUCCAUUAAUCCAGCAAAUCUUUCGUUCUCCGGCGGCCUAAGACUCCCGAAGCUAACAACCAAAACCACAAACAAAUCUCGGCGUGGCGGCGGUUGCACCGGUGCCAAAAUGGCCGAUUCCGCGGCCGGAAGCUACGCAUCUGCCUUGGCGGAGGUCGCGAGAUCAAACGGAACCCUAGAGGCAACCGCCGCCGACGUCGAGAAGGUCGAUAAACUCUUCUCCGACAAACAAGCGUUGAACUUUUUCGUUAGUCCAAUCGUAAGUCUAGAGCAAAAACGAGAAUUGAUCGAUGAUAUAACAUCUUCGGGGAGCCUCCAACUACACGUAUGCAACUUCCUCAACAUCUUGAUCGAAAGAAAUCGGAUCGAUUUGAUUAAAGAGAUAGUAAAGGAAUUCGAGAUUGUUUACAAUAAGUUGACGGAGACGGAGUUGGCGAUCGUGACUUCCGUAGUGCAGCUGGAGAGGCAACACUUGGCGCAGAUCGCAAAGCAAGUGCAGAGACUCACCAGAGCGAGAAAUGUGAGGAUUAAGACGGCGAUUGAUGAGUCAUUGGUGGCCGGAUUCACGAUCAAAUAUGGAAAUUCUCAAUCCAAGUUGAUUGAUAUGAGUGUGAAGAAGCAAUUGGAAGAAAUUGCUGCACAGCUUGAGAUCGGAGAUAUUCAAAUUCCAUAGUGUCGCUUCACACAUGGAUCCUAAUUUCCAACUUCAAGUUAGCGUACAAUUACAUGCUCUGGCGAUCGCGAGUUAGUAGAGUUUCUGUUGGAUUGAACUCCUUAGCUUUUGCUAGAUAUAUAUCAUGAAAGACUGAAUUUUACAGCACUUAUGUUGCACAUGUAUUUGAAAAGAAAUGACACAGGGGAUUGGGGAAA